AUGAGACAGGUGGAUCUCGUGACACCCGACAGCACUGGGUACCCGCCACCCAGCCAACCACCAACGGCCGAGCGAGGCCAAGUUUUCCAGAAGUUAGAUGAGGAGGUCAUCCUUGUCAGCUGUUUCGACGGCAUUGGGUCGGCUGCUUUGAUCCUCAAAGGGCUGGUAGCAGCCAUUUCGCUGCACAUUGUAUGGGAGGUGGAUAGCGAUUGUAUGGAAGUGCUGAAGGCCCGUCACCCAGAGGCGGUGACCCGGGGCGAUUUUCUCAAAGAUGACCCUGAUGAGGUCGCCAGAGGGAUACACCGCCAUGACCCUGAGGGCACCAAGCUGGUGCUCUUCGCAGCUGCUCCCCCAUGCCCUGACUUCUCACGCAUUCGUGCAGAUGCACCAGGCUCAGCAGGUGAAGAAGGCCACAAAUUCACAGCAUACUGUGAAUUUAUCAGGAAGGUGGAGAUGGGCAUACCUCACAGGAGGAUAGGCCACCUUACCGAGAACGUGGUGAUGGAAAAGGGAGAGGCUGACCAUUUCUCCAGCCUCCUGGACUGCAAUGCGAUCUUGUCUGACGCGCAAGACUUCGGCCUCAUCAACCGCCCUCGUUUGUGGUGGACAAGAGUGGACUGGAGCAGCAUCCGGACAAAUCCCAUCACAGGAAAACGGUUACGGUGGUCCAAGAGCCAAAAAUACCACCGUCUCCAUCACGACACCACGUUCCAGGAGGAGACGGAUCUCCAGCUGGAAGGCCUUCGACUUCACAAUGCGGUGGCAUCUCAUGACAAGCGCAUCCCGUGUCUGACAACUCCAGCACCAUCGGCCGAUGGCAGACCAGCGCCGAAGAAGCUGAAAGGGAAGAUAGACCCUGAACAGAAGGCGCGAUGGAUGAAUGAUGGGCGGCUAUUUGCUCCAUGGCAAUACUCCAAGGAGGCUCUUCUCCAUGCAGCCGAUGGGAGCAUGGUGGUCCCGCCCCCGGAAGCCAAAGAACAGCUGCACCAGCUGCCGAAAUGGUAUACGUCCGUCCCGGGGGUGUCGGAGAAAGCCAGACACAGAAUGCUGGCAAACGGUUGGCACAUUGGAUCAGCACGGUUCAUCAUGAUGCUGGUCCUCCAAUCCAUGUUGAUGGUGACCGCUUCGUCACCAGUGCCACAGCCACGGCACACCGCGCUUCAGACCAUGCUGACCUUCCUGCAGCCAACGACACCGCACCUGGGCCCAGGGACAUGGCCCAGCGAAGCAACGUGCGUGGCCCAAGCCGGGUCGAUGUGGGAGCAUUGGCAGAUGGCCGUGGCUUCCAGUCACCCAGUACAACGGCCCCCUCGGCUGGAGCCGGGGCUACAGCAAUGUGUGGACCUCCGCGGCAUCAUUGGAGGCAGCCUCGCACGCAUGAGGACAGAGAUAGUGGACGAGAUCGAACAGUGGGCCCUCGACAGCAUGGAUGCGACCGAGACCUGGUGGAAGUCACUUCCACCCCACGUGGCCCAGGUGUACUUCAACAAAGACCACAACCAAAUCUCACAGAUUCCACUUCUGUUGCGAUUGCUCGACCUGGCCAAGAUGCCAGGCCUUCCAGAGCUCACAGAAGACCUCCAGUCAGGGUUCCAGGUGACUGGCGAAUUACAUGCGGGAGCGGGCUGGCUCCCACAGGCUGACAGCAAGUAUGAGUUCCCAACGUCGGCCGAGACCUUCAUGAAGCACAACCAACACUAUACCAGAGCCAAACUGCGCAGCAAACGCGUGGAUCCAGAAUGGUCAUCCAUGUUGGAUGAACUGCGCUCUGAGCUGAAGAAGGGCAGAAUGUCAGGACCCUACCGAGCUCCUGAUUGGUGGCCGACUCAAACCACGACCAUCGACGAGAUGCCCUUGCUCCAGCUACCCAUUCAGAACAUCUGCGCCAGCUUUUGUUUUAGUGUGGUCCAAGCCGACAAGAUCCGGCGGUGCGAAGAUUUCCGUCGGUCAGGCCACAAUGCAACAGUUGUGGCGUAUGACGUGCCACACCACCAUGACAUCAGAACGUUCACUGAUCUGGCAUUGUCGGCCCCACAGGGAGGAGACACAUCUCUGGUUUGGGCCCAGGACCUGGACGGAGCAUACAGACAGUUUCCAGUACGUGACCCAGCAGAUUGUUUCUGUGUCCUCAUGACACCCAGAGGGCCAAUACUCCUUCAACAUCAUGCGAUGACCUUCGGCGCAGUGAGCUCAGUUUGGAACUUCAACAGGGCUGCAGACGGCAUCAUGUUUUUGAGCCGCCGUCUACUGGCGACGCCGCUGGGACACUACGUCGAUGAUUUCAUUGGCGUUGAGCCUUCAGCCCUGGUACACAGCAGCUUCUCAGAGUUCACACGCCUUAUGAGGGUACUUGGACUCCACAUGAAAGAAAGAAAGGCUCUACCACCAGCAGCCCGACAGAAAGUUUUGGGCAUCAAUAUGCACAUCACAGAGGACGAGGUGAUUUUGUCGCCACACCCCGAACGAUGCGACAAGGCCAAGAAGGUCAUCCAGAAUGCAUUGGAAACCAACAGACUGACAGAUGAGGCAGCUCACCGCCUCGCAGGAAAGUUGGUGUUCCUGACCUCAACUCUGUUCGGCCAAUUGGGUCGCGCAUCACUCCAACCGCUCUACGCAAGAGCGCAUGGACUUUCAGAGGGCGACCAUGACGGCCAACUGAACGGACCACUCAGAUCGGCACUACGAUCGCUGAUGAAUCUUCUUCGAGAGAUCCAACCCAGGGUGAUCCCCAAGCAGAUGGACCAAAGUUGCAUCGUCCUCUAUUCAGAUGCGUACUUCGUGAUUGAUGGCACACACCACUCACCAGGAUCCAAGACUAUCCCGCAACUUUGGCACAAGACAAAGUGCCAUACCUAUGAGAACGGUUGGGGAGUGGUGAUUCAUUUCGAAGGCAACACUUGGUUUUCCUCCGGAAGCUUGCCUUCACGACUCAUCAAGAAGUUUUGUACCAGGAAAGCCUACAUCUACUUCCUCGAGAUAGCUGCCCAACUCAUGGGAUUCUUGACCUGCCGUCAAUUGCCCUCGAACCUAGUGAUGUCCUUCAUUGACAACACGGCAGGCUUCUUUGCCUUGAGAAAAGGCUAUUGCCGAGACCCUGCCAUCUGCAAUGUCCUGGCAUUGGUAUGGAGGAUCAUCGCCCUCGACAGCUGGCACCUACAUCUUGAAUGGGUCCAGUCCAACCUGAACAUCAGUGACAGCGUCUCUCGCUUCCAGUAUGACGAGAUGCAGAAAAUCAACGCCAAUUGGACGGAAAUACCAGUGGAAGGCAUCUAUGACAUUCUGGCACGCGUGGCAGUCGAUUCGGACUAUGCUCACGGGAAAGCACUCAACGACAUGAUCGCGAUCCAACCUGCUCCACUCACUAUGACUCACACUGGAGGAAUGGGGAACUGGCGCCAGUGUGGGAGAGAUCCAGCAGCAGCUCCAGCUGUCAAGCAGACAGGACCAGCUGUCACAGAGCACCCCAGGCCAAAAGAACCAGUGCGAGCAGCUUUCAAGAAGUUGGCCAACGAGCACAGCUUGUCUUUCGACGCUGGGCUGUUGGGAGAGAUUGGCUCCAGCAGCAGCUCCAGCUGUCAAGCAGACAGGACCAGCUGUCACAGAGCACCCCAGGCCAAAAGAACCAGUGCGAGUGAGGACCUUUUGGCCACCAGAUCUGGUGCCAAACUACGUGGCCGGUUGGAGUUGGAGUUGGAGGAGAAUGCAGCUGUGCCGGCUCAGCGUCAGCUUCCUCGACCGUGGGAGCUACAGAAGGAGGCCCUGUUCAAUGUGCUCGCCAUGCCAGGCCACGAGUUUGGGGCCGACCUUCCGGACACCUUCAGGGUGGUUCUGGGCACUCUGGCUCUGGCCAGCACCAUUGCUGUGGCGCAAGCCGCGAGUGAGGUUGGGCUUCAGCGGUGGAUGGCCUCACUGUCGGAGAAGCACGUGGUGCCUCCACCGGAAGUGCCCAACAAUGUUUGCACCAUCCAAUUUUGCCAGAGCUGA